CCAAAACCCAUCACCACCUUCACUCUCCCCCAAUCUUUUCCACCCUCCCCAACCCAUUUCCACCUCAUUCCUCCGGGGAUCAUAAUAAACCAAAAUGCCCCGCGCCCUCAAACACCACGAGAAAAAACUCCUCCGCAAAGUCGACUUCCACACCUACAAAUCCGACAACAACCACCGAGAAUCACAAAUCCGCACGCGCUACCACCUACAAGACCCCCUCGACUACCGCAAAUACAACCAGCUAUGCGGAUCCCUCCGCCAACUGGCCCACAAGCUAUCCGAACUGGACCCUGAGAGCGAUCCCGUACGCAAGAAGUUGGAGUCCGAGGUGCUGGAUAAGUUGUUCCGCAUGGGGAUUUUGAAGCAAAGUCGGGAACAAGGGGCGGGACUUUCGAGAGUUGAGAGGGAGGUUACGGUUAGUGCGUUUUGUCGCAGGAGGUUGGCGGUGUGGAUGGCCAGGAGUGGGAUGGUGGAGAAUGUUAAAACGGCUGUUACCUUCAUCGAGCAGGGUCAUGUUCGCGUCGGAACGGAGGUCGUCACGGAUCCGGCGUACCUUGUUACGAGGAAUCUGGAGGAUUUCGUGACUUGGGUGGACUCGUCGAAGAUUAAGAGGAGUAUUAUGCAAUAUCGUGAUAAUUUGGAUGAUUUUGAUAUGUUGUGAUACCUCUCUUAUCUAUUUCAUGUUAUUUUUAUUCUGUGUGUGUGUGUGUGUGUGUUGUGUGUGUGAUUUUGGGGUUUGGUUUGGAGUUCUAUGGAAAAGUCACUUGUGUUUUGUGAAAUAUACUACUAUAUUACUAUGUUAUGCGUGUGCUGUGUUGAAUAGUGCAUAUGCAUACUGGUCAUGGUGUUGGUAUGAUUCGUAU